GACAAACAUCUCUUGCUAUUGACGCGUUUAACUGUUCCAAUUUAGAAGUCGAUGGUAUAAAAUUUGACCUUUCAAGUCUCAAGUUACAGAAUAUUACAGAACAAGAAGAAACGUUUCCUACUUUUACUAUCACUAAUUAUCAAAUAAAUCUUUGUGAACCUUUACCUUUUGAUAAAAAAGAUAGUAAUACUUGUAAAGCUGGUACAUAUAUUUGUCAAAUCAUAACUAAUAAAUUAGCUGAAGAUGACAAAUCCCCACGAGUUAUAACAAUUAGACCAAUUGCUGGAGUUUACGAUGAUGGAAUAUUUAAACCCGUAAUAGCUUUAGGACCUGCUUCGAAUAAAGAUGAUAUAUCUGGUCCUCUCUUAAUGACAAUGAAUGGAGGUAUUUAUGGUGAACAAAAACAACAAGCAAAUUUUACAUUUAUUUGUACAGAAAAAGACAAUGUUCCAACAGUAGAAUAUAAUAACAAUGAGAAUACAUUAAUUAUAAGAUGGGAAACUUCUGCUGCUUGCGGACAAAAGAUUCUUGAAGAUAAAGGAAUGAGUGGUUUUACUAAGUUUAUAAUCAU